GUAAGGAAGCAGCGGGCGCCUGCGAUCUGGAUGAAGACAAGCCUGCAGCGCAUUCUGUGUAUGACGCCCGCAGUCGUCAUGUGGAGCUGAACACGCCUGGCAGCCUAUUUUCUGCUGCAAACAACAUCCAGAGAAAGGACAUUGUUGGGCGUGCAUUCGCACUGCGCGGGAUUCUGACGCCCGAGGAGGCGGCAGCCUACGUGGCCUCCGUAACGAAAGCUGGCUUCGGCCAAAGCGACGUGGCUCGGGAGUUUCCAAGCUCGCUAAGAAAUAAUUCUCGGCUGAUCCACUUCAGCGACGCCUUGGCUCUGGCCUUGUACAGACGGCUAGCACCACACCUUGUGCAUCGCGACGUGUAUCUUGUGCAACCAAUGGGCUUUGGAGCGGAGGGCCGAUGGAAGCCUGUCGGCGUGAACCCUUGCUUCCGCAUAUCUCAGUACAAGGAGGGGGAGCAUUUCGCCACUCAUUGUGACGGGAUGUAUGCGAAUGACGAUGACGAGUGCAGCAUCUACUCGCUGAUCCUCUACCUGAAUGAGGACUACGAGGGAGGUGAACUGGAGUUUACCGAGUCUGGAAAGACUUUCCGGCCGACAGCAGGAACUGCAGCGCCAGAAGCAGCAUCAGUCCCGGCGUUGACAGAAGAUGCUUCUGCAGAGUGUCGGUGUGCGCUGCCAUAG